AGCAGCCGAUGGGCACCAGCGCCCAGGCAGGUCGCCUGUCACGGGCGCGUAACUUAGAGCCAUGGUUCUCUCGGACCUUGGCCAGAAGAUCACAGCUUCCUUCAACAAGCUCAGCCAGGCGCCGAUCAUCGACGACGAGCUGCUAGAUGAAGUGUUGAAGGAUAUCUCAUCAGCGCUGCUUCACGCCGAUGUCAAUGUUCGGUACGUUGCCAAACUAAGAGGGGAUGUCAAGAAACGAGUGUUGAUGGAGGGUGAAGAGGGAGGCACUAACAAGCGUAAGCUGAUUCAGAAGUGCGUCGUCGACGAGCUCAUUGGACUGGUCUCCGCGGAGAAGGAGCCUUACAAGCUCAAGAAGGGCAAAUGCAACGUCAUCAUGUUCGUCGGUCUUCAAGGCUCCGGCAAGACGACGACUUGCACGAAGUAUGCGCACUACUACAAUCGAAAGGGAUGGAGAACUGCCUUAGUGUGUGCAGAUACGUUCCGUGCUGGCGCUUUUGACCAGCUGAAGCAGAACGCUUCGAAGGUGCGAAUACCUUUCUACGGCGAUUACCAGGAGACAGACCCGGUGAAGAUCGCUGGGGACGGCGUUGAGCUGUUCAGAAAGGAGAAAUACGAUUUGAUUAUUGUAGACACAUCAGGCCGCCACAAGCAAGAGACGGCUCUGUUUGAGGAGAUGCUGCAAGUGGAGGAGGUCGUGCAACCCGACGACAUUGUUUUUAUCAUGGACGCCCAUAUCGGGCAGGCUUGCUUCGAGCAGGCCAAGGCCUUCCGCGACACAGUCAAUGUCGGCAGCGUCAUUGUAACGAAGUUCGACGGCCACGCGAAAGGUGGUGGCGCCCUCUCGGCGGUGGCCGCGACGAACUGCCCCAUCGUCUUCCUCGGCACUGGCGAGCACUUCGACGAGUUCCAGCCCUUCGACCCCUCCUCCUUCGUCUCCAGACUCCUGGGGAUGGGCGACCUGAAGGGGCUCUUCCAGACCAUCACCGAAGCGAUGCCGCUGGACAAGCAACCCGAGCUGCUGAAGAAGAUCUGCAAGGGCAAGUUCUCGCUCCGCGACCUGUACGAGCAGUUCCAGAACCUGCAGAAGAUGGGACCCAUGGGACAGGUGAUGCAGAUGAUCCCUGGCAUGUCGAACAUGCUGCCGCAGGGCGCAGAGAAGGAGGGCGCGAAGCGGAUCAAGCGGUUCAUGGUGAUGAUGGACAGCUGCACCGACGCCGAGCUCGACUGCGAGGUGGUGAUGAGCGACUCGAGGCAGCUCCGGGUCGCGAAAGGCUCGGGCAGCCACCCGGCCGAGGUGGGCCAGCUCCUCGAAGAGUACAAGAGGAUGGAGAAGAUGGUCGGCAAGAUGGGCAAGAGCGGCCUCUUCGGGAAGGGGGGCGACAUGACGCAGCUGGCGCGGAACCCGGGGCAGGUGAUGCAGAAGAUGCAGGGCGCCAUGGACCCGCGCAUGCUGCAGCAGAUGGGCGGCGCGCAGGGCAUGAUGAAGAUGAUGAAGGAGUUCGGGAAGAUGGAAGGCGGCAUGGGCGGCCUCGGUGGCCUUGGCGGCAUGGACCCCGCCGCGCUGGAAAACAUGCAGAAGAUGAUGGGCGGCGCCGCGAAGAAGGGCCGCAGGUGAGAGCCGGGUGCCGCGCGAGUUGCUGGGGAGGGGGAGGCGGAGGAGGAGGAGCAGGGUGGGAGAGAGUGUCUUCACGCUGGGCAGAGACAGCUGUCUCGCUGGCCCUUCCCGCACGCGCGCGGCAGCCUCCCGCCCCCCCCCUGUCGUGCGCCCUCUGCGUCCGUGCCCCGAGGCAGUUUUGGGGCCGGCUGUGUGCCUCCCGCGCCCCCACUCGUGGAGUGGCGAGAGACAAAGGAGCGCGCUGGGGACUCGGAGGCGGGGAGGAGCAGCUCGUUGUGCUCCUUGUGUUUUUUGGUUUCUCGUGUGGGAACGAACGCAAGGAAACUGGC